AUGCAAAAGGUCAACAGCAAACUGGAAGAUGCUCAAAGGCUCAGAUCCCCCAAGGCAUUGCGUGACGCAACAAGGGCUUUGACUGAUUGGUGGAAGAUAGCAAUAGGGACAAAGGAGGUUGAUGAGCUUCACUUCCUGUCCAGGGAACGUAUGCUGAAGCAGUUAUGGUCAAGUCUUGGGUUUGGAAGUCUUGAGGAUGAUCUGAUGGUGUCAAAAUUUAAAAGCAAGUCAACUCAAGAUGGUCCAAGCAAAGAAGAAAUGCAGGCCGCCUAUGCUUACUAUGUUGAGGAGUACUGCUAUGGAGUUGGCUGUCUUGAUGAUUCCAAGCUUCCUAUCCCUACAGUUGGUGUCUCUGGUUUCCACAGUUUGGUGGAUGGGUGCAAGGAUAUUGGGGUAUUGCAUCUCAAGUCCUUGUCCACGGAGGCUUUGUGGGCCCAGCUAGGACUGCCAGGUGUGGAUCAGUUCCUGUUUGCAGAGCCUGGCACUGGUGAAAGCGCCAAAGACAUGGCUCCACUGGCCAAAACUUGUGCAGUGCCGUUUUGGCAUCAAGUGGUAGGCACUCUCAGAAUCUUGGAAGGCGCUUUCACACAGAGAGUGGGCAAUUGCGCCCAACCAACUUUACUGUGCAACAAUGUUGGACUUGGAAAGACGGUGCAAAUCAUUGGGGUCAUUAGCAUGAUCCAACAUUACUAUAAGCAACAGGAACUGCCAGCCAAAGAGCGUCUUGCAACACCCAUGUUUAUCCAAGAGCAAAGCUUGCCAUACUUUGCAGGCCAAAAGACCAUACCAAAUUUGCCAUCAAUUGUCAUUACUCUGCAGACGCUUGGCAAUCAAUGGAUGGAGCAAUGGAAGAAGUUUACCCAGCUUGGCAGUUUUGUUCCUGUCCGGUACUCAGUUGAGAGCGGCACCCUUGAGAGCUUCUGCAGUGACCCAACAGGUCCAUACCACGCUGCAGCUGGACAAGACUUGGAGCAUGCAGGGCAAGUGGUUAUCAUUGCAGACCUAUUGGAAGCAAAACAGUGCUUACAGCUCCCUCCUGCAUUCAAGGGUAAAGAUGCAAGGGAGUACAAAGCUAAGGGCAAGACACCUGCUUUCAAGGCAGGGAUCAGCAAUGCAGGCUCACUCUUUGGAAUGCGCUUUUGGGUGGCAGCUGUGGACAAGAUACACAAUCUCCAAAACAGCAGUCACACUCAACAAGGGGUUCAGCUCAUUACUCAGUCCUUGUCCUUGGUGAUUGGAGCAACUGCCACACCAUUGUUUACGUUGCUUAAAUGCCUGCUUGCUCUUGGACAAAACCUGCGCUACCAGCCAUUGCUUGGUGAGCAAGGAGUUCAGGUCUGGAACAAGAUGCAGGAAAUGCUGUCAACUGGUAAUGAAAGUUGGAGGGUUACAAGCACAGCAGUAAUUCAAGCCACAGUAGAAAGGGAGCUUCAAGCAGCACUUUUACUUGCCAAAAUUCCCUUGUACAACCCCUGUGCAGCUAAGAUCAAGGAAGAACUGGAAAGCAAGUACCAGGCUGAGGACCAGCGGAGCAUCCUCCAUAUGAUUCAUGUCUCAAAGCAGCCACUAAACAUGUUGCGCUUGCUUCUUCUCCCCAUCAUGAUUUGUUGCACAAAUGAGUCCUUAGACUAUUUGGGCAGACAAAUCUUGGAUCUCCUGUUUGUACAGAAGUUCAUUGCUUGGGCACCCAUGAAUGAAGAAGAGAAGGAAAUGCAACAGAUCAUCAAUCAAGAGCACACACAGCAGAAGAGCAAAAAAACAAAACUGGCACAAAAGGCUAAGGCUGCCAAGAGACAAAAAAGAAAGCAAGCGCAGGACAAUGUGGGUGACAAUGAGGAUGAGGAUGUAGAUGAGAAUGCAUGGAAUGGGUCUCAGGCACAAGGGGAGGUGGAACAGAGCAAUUGCAAGAAUGUCAGGUGGCAUAACUUCCUGAUAGAGCAGAAGUUUGCUGGCAUGCUGGCUAAGCUGGGAGCGCUACGGCUGGAAGAGCAGGCUCAGGAGCUUGAUUGUGGUACCUUGACAAACAAAGUCACCAACAACUGGACAGUGGAGAAUCUGCCCCAGAAGAUGUCCACAAGUGUUAUGGAUAUGACAUUUCUUCUUUAA